CAGAAACAGAGAGGGGUUUUCCGAUGGUAAAGAAACCGAUAACCCAGUCAGAUCAGACAGGUCUGAAAGCAGAUUGUGUUUUACCACCAAACUGCUGUGAUCGCUCUUUUUAAUCCAACACCAGAGAAUCACUUCCAGAGGCAGCGAUGAGUUCUACACUGAGGGAAUCAACGUUGAAGGACAAACUGGAGAAGUUGGAAUGCCACUUCACUUGGAACCUGAAUGGCAGCAGUUACUAUUUAAAGCGUUUGAAGGAAAAUCUUGAGGAUAUUAGCACCGAUGAGGACGGGUGGUUGGGUCCCAUUUACAACAUGCUGGGGUUCAUUCAUUUCCACGUGAGCUCCACUGAUGAAGCCAGGAUUUUUUUCAGCAGAGCUGCUGAAGCCUUCAGCCGACUGAGAAGGUCAGACAGGGGGCCGUGGCUGAUGGUUAGCUAUGCUAAUCUGGCUUGGUGCCACUACCAUCAAAAAGAAGAAGCACAGAGUCAGUUCUAUCUGUCUGAGGUUGAAGCACUUAUGAAAGAGUACCCAUCUGGGAGUGAGGCUGAGCUUCACCCAGAGAUCUGUGCUGAGAAAGGCUGGGUUCUAAUGUAUGACACAAAAGUCACAGCUUCAGAUUAUCUCCAGAGAGCAGUGGAGAUGCAGCCGGACAUGGUGGAGUGGCAGACUGCCUACGUGUUAUGUCAGGAAAAACAAAGCAAUCUGGUAGACUUUGUGAUGAAAUUAGAAGAAGCCAAAGACAGAGAUCCAGAGAACCUGUACCUAGCUGCUAUGUGCCUCGUAAAACGUGGCUUUAGUGGAGAAAAAGUUGACGAAAACGAAAUAGAUUCUUUGGCCAAUAAGGUUUUGAUGAAACCUGUGAGCAGUUACAAAAGCUUUAGACAGAUUCUUAAAUGUUAUAAAUACUUUGACUUAGUUGACCGGGCGAUCACAGUGGCCGAAAAGGCUCUGGAGAAACAUCCGGACCAACGGUACCUAAAACGAUGUGCUGCUAUCUGCUACAAAUGGAAAGUUAUCAAUGGAAAGGGCAGUCCAGCAACACAUGAUAUGAUAAAACGAGCUAUAAGUCUUCACCAGCAGGUGGUAGAAGAAUACCCAGAGUCAUCAUUUUUAAUAAAUCUACACCUAGCAAGUAUGUACGCAAAAACAACAUAUGACGCAAAAAAAGCAGACGCCAUUUUCCAGGAGCUACUUGAUAAAGAUCUAGAACCUGCAGAGAAGCAGCUCCUUUACAAUGUUUAUGCAAAGCACCUGUACUUCAAUAGGAACGACAGCAAUGCUUCCAUGAACUACCACAUGAAGGUGGUAGAGAUCCAACAUAGGUCAUUCUUUAGACUAAACAGCAUCAGAGAGGUGCAAAAGAACUACUAUAGAGAGAAAUGUCCUGAAAUGAAAAGAAAACUGUCAGAGUGUCUGAGAAAAAACACAUCUGAGGAGGAAAUAAUAGAGGCUAUGAAGAAUGACCAUCAUGUUUAAAAACAAAACAAAAGACGUUUUUCUGCAUGAUAUUUAAUCAUAGAAUAAAGGGAUGGAUCAACAGAUCCGGCUGCAGUUGCCUGAUCGCCUGAUCUGUGAUCAUUAAAAACAACACGUACAAGAGUACAGAAUGUACAUAUUAUAAAAGACAGAGACAAUUUGGAUGUGGCCGAAAAAAGAGGUCUGCUCACUCGUUCCUUCGACUUUUCUUGUGACUUUUUUUUGAACUCCUGUAAAAACAGUUAAAAAACAAAAUUAAAACAUGAGGCUCUCACUGUAAUGAUAAAAAAAAAAAA